AUGUUGCAAUUUGCAGGAGUGGUUGAGCAUCUACAGAACCAACAUAAACUUACAUCUACACGAUUCUCGUCCAUCGUCAAUGUCUUGGUUGCGAUCAGGACAUUGCUUCGCCAUCGCCGCCGUUGCUGUAGUUGCUACGAUCAGGAUCUCGUCGCCGUUGCGGUAGCUGCUGCGACCAGGACCUCGUCGCCGUCGUUCAGCCUCGGCGCCGCGCGAUUGGAGAGAGAAUAA